UCGGAUCCUUUUAUCGAGACCAUUUGCAACAUGCUUCAGGUCCUGGUAUAUUCUUUUGUAGUAAAUGGAAUUUUAAGCAUAAUAGUUACAGACCCCCCACCAACGAGCACAGAGUACAACUACUGGUACGACAUAGUUGAUCCCUCUACCGGUGACGCCAAAAGUCUUCACGAAUUUAGACAAGGUGACGUUGUUAAAGGUUCGUAUUCCGUUAUAGAUCCUGAUGGAACAAAACGGAUUGUUGACUACACCGCUGAUUCUAAAAACGGAUUUAAAGCGAUUGUUCGUAAUGAACCCUUUACUUCGAACCAACUGCAGAACAAGCGGCAUAUGAAUUAUAAUCCAAAUAAUGUACAUAAUUUUGGUGGGAAUGGUUACAUAUAUCCUGUUCCGUAUUUAAAAAAAAUGGUAUCCCCAAAAUUUUCAUUGAAUCGAUUUGUUCAAAAUGAUCAAACGACUUAUUUUACUCCUGGCAAUGGUACGUCAUCUGAACGUCUCAACUUUAACCAGGGAGAAUAUUUUAUGCCAAAUUAUAUGCAUAAUUAA